UGCCACCAGUUCCUGUAUAUAAGCGACGUUGCAUCUUCCAUUCACCACAUUACACAGCUAACCUCAAACCAAUAAUGAAUAGCAUCAAAGCCGUGAUUGUGUGUUGCCUCCUGGUGGCCGUCUCCGCCGGUGUAGACCGAAGAAGAGGCGAACAAGGAUCCAACAGAUUCCUUCCUGGAGGCUUCGGUGGCGUCCACGGAGCUGGUCUCUUCGAUGGCGGAAUCCAUGGUGGUGGAAUUCAUGGUGGUAGUGCUUUUAUCGGUGGUGGAAUCUCCAAUGGCCCAAGUGAAUGCAGAUAUUGGUGCAAGACUCCGGAAGGUCAAGCCUACUGCUGCGAGACGGUGCAUGAACCAGAGACACCUGUUGGUACCAAGCCACUCGAUUGUCCACAAAUCCGUCCUACAUGCCCACGAUUCCAUGGGCCCCCCACUACCUGUUCCAACGACUACAGGUGUGCUGGCCUCGAUAAGUGUUGCUUCGACAGGUGUUUGGGAGAACACGUGUGCAAACCUCCUUCAUUUUUCAAUAAUCAUCUUCCCUUUUAAAGGUGCUAAUAAGAAGUCAUCGGUUUUCCGGUUGAUAACGGAAGAUAGUAAAUCUGUGAUUUGUAGAUAAUUAUAUUUUGAUAAUAAAUCAUAUAUCUAUA